AUGACGACCCUUCGCAGUCACAACCAUACCGUUUAUACCGAACGGCAGGUGAAAGUCGCGUUGUCCCCGGACGAUGAUAAGAGAUAUAUUUUAGACGAUAAGAUUCGUACGUUGGCAUUAGGUCAUAAAGACAUUCCGGACGUGGCGAGAAGACUUCGAGAAAUUCGUGUGGAUUAUAGCGGUACGACCGAAUUUCCACAGGAGGAACCGAAGGAACCGAAGAAGACAUUUAAGGUGAUGAAGAUGCCGCUGACGGAUAUCGUUACGAGAAGAGUAAAUAAUCCUUCGCUUUGCACCAUCUCGUGA